UAAUGACUCUGUGGUACAGAAGAAUAUGAUACAGUACGUUAUAAUACUUACAGCCCUUUAUCAACCAAAGAUGAUGGACGAAGAAGCCACGAAGCGUUACUGUCGGAUGAGCGACGAUGGACAGAAACAGACACAAGCUGAGCGAGAGAGUAAAGUUCAGGUCAGUCAGGGGGAGAGAGAGAUUACCGUCCUGCCGAGGAGGAAGACGGACGAGCUGGACGCCGCCGGGAUGGAGAUGACAGCGUCAAACUCGUCCUCCUGCUGUUCGUCUUGUAUCAGUAUGAAGGACAGAUGUCCUCGACCGCGGGGACUCAUCAACCUCCUCAUCACCAAGGUGUGUCUGUUCGCUCUGCUGUUCGGAGUCGUCUGGGCCAUCACAGGAAAGGAGUGUUUGCCUGGCGGGAAUCUUUUCGGCAUCGUCAUCCUCUUCAUCUGCUCCGUGCUGGGAGGGAAGCUGGUGGGAAUGAUCCAACUGCCCACACUGCCCCCCUUCCCUCCACUACUUGGUAUGCUGUUAGCAGGUCUGGUGCUGCGUAACGUUCCUUAUAUAACGGACGCCAUCCACAUCGACACUCACUGGUCUGCAGCUCUGAGGAACAUCGCCCUGGCCAUCAUCCUGACCAGAGCCGGGCUGGGCCUCGACCCCUCGGCGUUGCGUCGUCUGAAGGCGGUGUGUGUGCGUGUUGCGAUUGGUCCCUGCGUGGUGGAGGCCUGUAUUGUUGCCGUGGUUUCUCACUUCCUGCUGGGGCUGCCGUGGGACUGGGGCUUCAUACUGGGUUUUGUCCUGGCUGCAGUGUCUCCUGCGGUCGUUGUGCCAUCCAUGCUGCUUCUGCAGAGAGAAGGAUACGGAGUGGAGAAGGGGAUCCCCACCCUGCUGAUGGCUGCUGGGAGUUUUGAUGAUAUUUUGGCCAUCACAGGGUUCUCUACCUGUCUGGGAAUCGCCUUCUCUACAGGUUCUACGUGGAUGAACGUACUGAAGGGUCUGUUGGAGGUGGUGGGAGGGGUCAUAGCUGGGCUGAUCCUGGGUCUGUUCUUAUGCUGCUUCCCCAGCAAUGACCAGGAGGAUUUGGUGUUGAGGAGGACUCUUAUGUUGUUGGGUCUGUCCAUAUUUUCGGUCUUCUUCAGUCAUGUUAUAGGUUUUGCUGGAGCCGGCGGUCUCUGUACUCUAGUACUGGCCUUCCUGGCUGCUCUGGGCUGGAGGACUGAAAAGGCGCCGGUGGCAGCCAUGGUGGGUCGCUCCUGGGAUGUGUUCCAGCCUCUCCUCUUUGGUCUGAUUGGAGCAGAGAUCACCAUAGCAACCCUCAGCCCCAGCACCGUGGGUCUGGGUCUGGCCUGUAUCAGUAUCGGUCUGGUGAUCCGUCUGCUCGUCACCUUCUUGCUGGUUCAUUUCGGAGGAUUCAACCUGAAGGAGAAACUGUUCAUUGCUGUGGCCUGGUUGCCUAAAGCCACCGUACAGGCUGCUAUUGGCUCCAAGGCGUUGGAUAUGGCGAGGGAGGAGGGGGACGACACACUAAUAAAGUUCGGUUCGGACGUGCUAACGUUAGCUGUGUUAGCCAUCCUGACCACGGCUCCCAUCGGAGCGCUGGGCAUCGGCCUGGCGGGGCCACGCCUCCUGGCCCGGCAGGGCAAAGCAGAUGAGACAGAGGGUGGAGCGACGUCCCCAAGCAGCCAGGGGAAUGGGCAAGAAAAAGACAACGUGACCCUUGAGAGCAAGCUAUGAGGCUGUUGACCGCAUGAACAGACGAAAGCUAUAUAUUAUACACUUUAUGUACACACCUUAUGUAGAUGAUAAACUCUUUGUAGCUGCAGAUAUGUUUUUGUUAUAUACAUUUGUGUUUCUUAUGCUUUAACAUGCUUUUACUAACUAUUGUCAUCACACAAAUGUUCAAUUAUGGAUGCAUUACCUCUGCUCUUUAUGAUGCAUAAUAGUAGAAGAAGAGAAAUCA